AUGGUUAGUAAACCACAAAAUAUACAGAUUGCGACGUUUAUGUCCACAAUAGGCCCAAUAGCUAUUCAACUGUAUAACACAUUGCCACAACCCGACAUUCCUGCUGGAGGAGAGCUCACGUUGAUUCAGAUCUACCAAAGUGAUACCGAAAGCAUCGAUGAACUAAUGUCUAGAUUAAGACUUCAGGCACAAAAUUGUGCAUUCGAAAAUUUAAUUGAUGGGAUGUUGCGUGACCAGCUAAUUUUAGGGAUUAAGAAUGACGAACUACGAACCCGCCUUCUUUCCCAAGAUAUCACAUUGGAACAGGCAAUUGUAAAAUGCAAAGCCACAGAAAUCGCACUACAACAAACUGCGCACAUCACUCAGGAAACUGAAAAAGGUGUCUCAUCGGUACGCAAUCAAUCAAAAACAAAUAAUUUAAUCGAUUGUCGAAACUGUGCCAAAAGGCACAAACUCCGAAAAUGCCCCGCAUUUAGACACAAAUGCAAAAUCUGCAACAGAGAAAACUAUUUUGAAGCAUGCUGUAGUAAGCAACAGUCAAAUAAAUCUUCUACGAGUAAAUUCUCUUAUAACAAAAAAAAGACGGUGAAAGCAGUAGUUUGCGAUCAAAAAAGCGACACAAGCGAUGACAACAGCUGGUCAGCAUUCAUUGGAAAAGUUGUCAUUCCAACGACACCAAAGAAAUCAAAUCAGGAUUCGAAGCUAUGGACGGAAGAAAUCCACUUCGAAUUUGGAAAAAAGUGCAACAUACAUCUCGACACUGGGGCAGAAUGUAAUGUACUGCCAAUAAAAUUGUUAAAUGGCUCUAAAAACACCUUGCUACAAAGCAAUAUAAAGUCACUCCGUUCUUUCACCAACCACCAGAUUAAAGUGCUAGGAGAAGUUAUACAAGUUAUACUCAAGAGCACUAUUGCUAAUCAAAAGUGCAAAAUAGCAUUUAAGGUGGUUGAAGAAGACAUCAUGCCAAUCUUGGGCGCAAAUGCAUGCGAAAAGCUGGGUCUUGUUCGUAGAAUUUAUUCCAUCAAAGAAGAAGACAUAUUUAAUGGACUUGGCUGUAUAAAAAACGUCGAGUAUGACAUUGACCUUAUACCAAAUCCGUGUUUUGAAAUUUGUACUCCAAGAAGAAUUCCGUACAAGAUAAGAGAUGAUGUCAAGAAAGCUCUAGACGAAAUGGUUAAUUUGGAUGUCAUCGAACCAAUUAAAGAGCCAACACCAGCUGUUUCUCCCAUGGUAGUUGUCAAAAAGAACAACAAAAUCAGAAUCUGUAUUGACCCGACCAUCGUCAAUAAGAAUAUUUUGCGUCGACUUCACCCGAUGACAACAAUUGAAGACAUCGCUGCGAGAAUCAAUGGAUCGAAGUUCUUCACUCUAUUGGACUGCAGGAGAGGCUUUCGGCAAGUUCGAGUCUCAGAUCGUACCAAACGUAUACUUACGUUCGCAACACCUUGGGGACGAUAUUGCUGCAAACGUCUUCCAUUUGGCAUCUCCUCAGCCCCAGAAGUAGAAGUAGCAAUUGACGAUAUCCUAAUACACGCAAGAACAAUAGAGGAACUCAGACGCACUACUGAAAAAGUUCUAACGAUUAUCCAAGAAAACUGUCUGAAACUAAACAGAGACAAAUGUCAGUUCGAGCAGUCAAAAAUAAAAUUCCUUGGACAUAUUAUCGAUCGUAAGGGCAUGUCAGCAGAUCCAGAAAAAACAGAAGCAAUCCGUCGACUAAAGCCCCCAACUAACCGAAAAGAACUCCAGCGCAUUCUUGGUAAGUUCACAUAUUUAAGUAAGUUUAUACCAAACUAUUCGCAGAUGAUGACACCACUUCGAAAACUCCUUGAGAAAUCAACUCAAUGGGUAUGGGAUGAAAUCCAACAAAAGUCAUUUGACGAAUUAAAAGAAAUUAUCACAAAGCCACCCGUACUCAAACUUUACGACGUAAAUCAAGAUGUCAAGCUUCAAGUUGAUGCAAGUUCUUCAGCACUAGGAGCCGUACUUUUGCAACAGGAACAGCCGGUAGCAUAUGCAUCCAAAUCACUAACCGAAUGUCAACAGCGAUACUCUCAGUUGGAGAAGGAGGCCCUUGCUAUAAAGUUCGGAUGCGAAAAGUUCCAUGAAUACGUGUGGGGUAAGCAACCAGUUGUCGAAUCAGAUCACAAGCCUUUGGAAUCAAUAUUCCAAAAACCUUUACAUGCAUGUCCAGCUAGACUCCAAAGAAUUCGCUUGAGCUUAUUGACUUACAACCCAAAGGUGAUCUACAUAAAAGGAUCAAGAAUGUUCCUGGCAGAUCCACUAAGUCGCGAUGUUGAAAAUCCACCCCCAGUUAAUGACAGAGAAAGCAAUGAAUUACAAGUUCAAUCAGUAUUGGCCAUAACGGAUGCAGAACACAGUCGAUUGACAAAGCUAACAGCUGCCGAUGAAUCAUGUCAACAACUGUUUAAAUACAUUUCAAAAGGCUGGCCAAAUGAUAUUCAACAAUUACCUGAAUCAAUUAAACCAUAUUGGUACUUCCGCGAAGAACUCUCAGUUUGCGAUGGUAUAAUCCACAAGUCACAUAAAACGCUCAUACCUGAAGCAAUGCGUUAUGAGAUGUUGAAGUACAUUCAUGGAGGUCAUCUCAGCUACGAAAAAUGUAUACGUCAUGCAAGAGACUACGUAUUCUGGCCAAAACUGACAAAGGAUUUACAGAAUUUCAUCCAAAAAUGUGCAUCUUGUCAAGUUCAUCAGCGUAGCAACAACAAACACCCCAUAGAAACUAAAGUGGUACCCAAAUUUCCAUUUGAAAUUGUUGCUACCGACCUUUUCCAUUUCUUGGGAGAAGAAUACAUUGUCCUCACUGACAGUUAUUCAGGAUUCAUCACAUUUAAAAAAUUGAAAGAAACAACAGCAAGUAAUGUUAUCAAGUUUUUGAAAAACAUUUUUGCUUACCAUGGAAUCCCGAAAGUGUUGGAAUCGGAUAAUGCUCCACAAUUUUCAUCUGUUGACUUCAAAAAUUUCGCAAAGCUAUGGCAAUUCGACCACCGUACCAGCUCACCACAUCAUCCAAGAGGAAAUGGCUUGGCAGAAAGAGCUGUACAAACCACUAAACAACUAUUGAAGAAGUGUCACUACGACAAUACCGAUUAUCACCUGGCUAUACUUAAUUUCAUGAAUACACCUAGAGGAAAUAUCGGUACACCAGCCCAACGUCUAUACUGCAGAAAUCUCAGAUCGCAAAUACCAGCAACAACUCAGUCACUUAUACCAAGUCAACAAAAUAACAUCACAGAAGAACUGAACAAUAUGAGACAUAACCAAGCUAUAAACAAUAGUCAGGGUUCCACACCACCUCAACAGCUAAAUAUUGGACAGAAUGUUCUUACUCGGAUCGAUAAGAAAGAAUGGGAACCUGCAGUAGUCAAAGAAAAAAUACAUUCCAGAUCUUAUAACCUAAAAUUCAACAAUGGCAAAGAGUUGCGCAGAAACAUCACCAACAUCAAGCCAACAAAAGCCAAAGUUUAUCAAAAGCCGAAUCUUGACCUUGACGAAAACGAAGAAAUUCAAAACGUACCGAGCUCAGAAAACCCGAUUUACGAAAAAUGGAUAUCACCUAAUCCAACAACAACAAAUCAAGCUGAGAAUCAACAAGUGAAUUCACCACAGAAAUCUUCUCGCUCUGGGAGGAUCAUCCGACGCCCACUCCGACUAGACUUGUAA